AUGCCCUGCCCCCGGGAUCGCAAGAAGAUGGAGAAGCAGAAGGAGGAAGUGAGUUUAGAGGACCUGGUGGAGCGGGAGAGAGCUGCCCUUGGCACCAACACCACCCGUGUCACCCUGGAGACUUUCCUGGCAUGGAAGAAGCGGAAACUCAAGGAGAAGCAGGACAAGGAGAAGAAGGAAUCGGAGAAGAAGAAGAAAGAUUACAAUGCAGGGAAGGGCUUUGGGCUGUCUGGCAGAGAGAUGUUUACCUUCAACCCCAGUCUGGCAGCAGGCGAGGACGGCCUGGAGGAGGGUGAUGAGUCCCUGGAUGUGCGGAACCUUGGCAAAGACCCAGAGCAGGAAGAGGAGCUGCAGUUUGAGUACAAGGAGAUUGACAUGGCCAAGCUGAUGGAAGACUACGUGGAAGUGGACACCUCCAAUGUGACCAUAGCCAAUGUUGACCGCUUGCAGCAGCUCAAGGAUGACCUUGACCUUCAAUCAGCCAAAGCUGCCGCUGCUGCCGCUGCUGCUGCUGCUGCUGCUGCUGCUGCUGCCAGCGAGGAGGACAGGGCAGAGGGAGAGCAGAGCAAUGCAGAGGGAGCAACAGCUGUGGACAUUGAUGAGGCGCUGUUUGAUGGGGACGACGAGGACCUGGAUGAGUUGGAGGAGGAGCUGGAGGACUUGACAGUCGCGUAG